AUGGCUGCCAAACUCAAAUUUCGAUGCACCAACAACAUGGAAGAGUAUGAGGCCUGCAUCCUUGGCCUCAGGAUGGCAUUGGACAUGGACAUCAGCCUGUUAUUGGUCAUAGAAGACUUCGAUCUGUUGAUCCAUCAAGUACAAGGCGAAUGGGCGACAAAGAAUGCUAAGAUCUUACCUUACGUAAACCUUGCACACAGAUGCCAUCAGUGUCAGAUUCACGGAGAUCUCAUCAGGGUCCCACCAAGUGAACUCAACAUCAUGAGCUCACCCUGGCCGUUCAUCACUUGGGGCAUAGAUGUCAUUGGACCUAUCGAGCCUGCAGCUUCGAAUGUGCAUCGAUUCAUUUUGGUCACCAUAGACUACUUCACUAAAUGGGUGGAAGCCACAUCGCACAGAUCAGUAACAAAGAAAGUACUAGCUGAUUUCAUGCGGAACAACAUCAUAUGCCGCUUUGGCAUACUCGAGUCCAUCAUAACUGAUAACAGAGCGAAUCUGAAUAGUCACCUGAUGGGCAUCUGUGAGCAGUUCCAAAUCACUUAUUGGAAUUCAAUUGCCUUCUGGCCACAAAUGAAUGGAGCUGUAGCAGCAGCCAACAAGAAUAUCAAGAGGAUAUUAAGGAAAAUGACAGACAAUUACAAGUGUUGGCAUGAGCAAUUGCUAUAUGCCUAA